CUCGAGUCACCGAGUCACCGACAUAAGUUGAUGGUGACAGGCGUUUUUCAACAAGCACUUUCACAGUUCGUUGUUGUUACAGCUCGUUAAUCACAAAUCGCCAACAAUAUGGAGUGUUUAAUCGGAAUACAGUUUAAAGAUUUUGUACUAGUCGCUGCAGACAUGACAAAUGCUAAUUCUAUUAUGGUCAUGAAAAAUGAUGAGCAAAAGAUUCAUAAAAUCUCUGACAAACUUGUGAUGGCUGUGUCUGGAGAAUCCGGGGAUACCACCCAAUUUUCGGAAUACAUCGGAAAAAAUAUUCAACUGUACAAGAUGAGAAAUGGAUAUGAAUUAUCGCCGAAAGCUGCUGCAAGUUUCACUAGAAGAAAUUUAGCUGACUACCUGCGUACUAGGACUCCAUAUUUUGUCAAUUUACUAAUGGCAGGAUAUGAUGAUGCGACUGGACCAGAAUUGUAUUUCAUUGAUUAUUUAGCAUCUUGUGUUAAAGUGCCUUACGCCGCUCACGGUUAUGGUGGCUUCUUUUCUUUGGCAAUUAUGGACAGAUAUCACAAUCGUGAUCUGUCUGAGCCAGAAGCUUAUGAAUUAUUGAAAAAAUGUGUUCGGGAAAUUCAAAAACGUUUGAUCGUUAAUUUACCUAAUUUCAAGGUACAAAAAAUAUCGCGUGCAGGAAUUACGGAUUUGGAGCCAAUUACCGCCAAAAAUUUGGCCAUCGAAGAUGCAGCUAGAGCCUGAUUAAACUGCUGUACCAUUUUUGUAUACCUAAUUAACAAAUCUUUAAGCUAAUUAAGAAUAAAAAUAUUCGAAACC